AUCAACAACUGCUGUCACAUUUGAUGUACAAUUCGAAUCAUUUGCACUUUACAAAUAUGGCGUUUAAAAUUGUUUGCAUACUAGCUAUGGUAGUUCUCGUUAACGGUUCCCCAUACCGUUACGGAGAAGAUCAAGGUAACUACGGCGGUGGUCAAGGCGGACACGGUGGUAACUUUGGUUCCGGCGGCCAAGGCGGUUUUGGUCAAAGUGGUCACGGUAGUCAAGGAGGAUUUGGCCCAGGCGGUCAAAGUGGUCACGGCAGUCAAGGAGGCUUUGGCCCAGGCGGCCAAAGUGGUCACGGCAGUCAAGGCGGUUUUGGUCCUGGUCAAGGGCAACAAGGAUUCGGACCUGACAACCAGGGUGGAUUUGGACACGGCGGUCAGGGAGGUUUCGCUGGUCAAAGUGGUCACGGACACGGUGGUCCAGGGAACUUCGGAGGUCACCGCGGCGGUUACCAGGAGCAUGGAUAUUAAACUGUUAGCCAAAAAUAAUUACAUCAAAUCAUGUUGUAGUAUCAAUUUGGAACAAUGUAAUUUAUAAUAAUACAUUUAAAAAUAAAGCCAUUUCCGACUUUUA